AUGAAGCCAAAGAUGUUUUGUCCCCACUCGUUUUUCCCGCCACUCUACCCCGCUUCCCGCCUCGCGUUCCUCUUGUUACGAAUCCAGAUCCUUCGCCACUGUAUCGCUGCUGCCCUAGCCGUCGUUGCACCCAACUCCUGCCGGUGGCUGGAACGUCGCGCGAGGCAGGCAGCACAUCGCGCGAUGGAGCUUCCGCCCGAUGCCCGGCGGGGCAAGAGCCGCGCGGCGGCCGUGAGCCCGUUGGUGCUGCGCGAAAUCGUCGCCGUGCGACGCGCGCAUCCCGAGCUCGCGAACGAGCACAUCGCGACGGCCGUCAACGCGCAGUACGGCACGCGCCUCGGCAGCAGCGACAUCGAUCGACUGUACCGAAAGGCCACCGUCGAGAGCAGCGUAGGGAAGAAUAAGUUCGUUCGUUAUAAGAACGCGGAGCUUGAGGCGGAGUUAGCGCGGUGGACGCGCGAGAGGCGGCUCCGUCUCGAAGCAAAAAGGGCGGCGCGGGGGAAAGGGGAGGUCCCGAGGUCGAGCAUCGUGGCCUACCUGCAGAAUUACGCGCGGCGCGUCGCAGAGCGGUUCGGCGUGCCUCCUCUGUUCGAGUUCGAGCGCUGGUGGUGCUGCGAAGUGCUGCGGGACGCGGGUCUCGACGAGUGCGGCGAGGAGGUGGGGACGCGCGCGGGGAACGAAGGGGGGACGCGCGCGGGGGACGAAGGUGGGGCGCGGAGGAGGAACGAGGCGGAAACGCGCGACGCGCAGGGGGAGAAGCAGGACGACCGCGUCGCACGCGAUAACGGAGGGGCGCCGGACUCCGCUAGUGCUGGCGAAGGCGGCUUAGGCGGCGCUGCGGCAGGCGAGGUCAGUGCGGGCAGAAGCGGCGGGGGGAAUGAGGGCGGAGAGGCCGACGAGGCUCCGCAGGUACCUGCGGGCGCACCGUCGUGGGCGCGGGGCAGUGCCGCCGCGGCGAUACGCUACAUCGGCGCAAGCAGCAGCAUAGCGCCUUACGACGGGUCGGGCGCGCCGGCGGGCGCGACGGCGGGCGCGGGCGCGGCGAGCGCGGGCGCGAGCGCGCUGGCGGCGCGCGUGCGGUACGAGGUGGCGAUGCUGGCGUGCGUGCGGCCGUUCCUGAGCCCGCGGAUCGUGACGGCCGCCGUGCACGCGCGCUACGGGCUGUGGCUCAUCCCCAAGCACGUCCGCUACAUCGUCCAGGAGAGCCGCCGCUGGGUGCGUGCGGGGGACGCGGGGGGCGCGGGGGGCGCGGGGGGGGGAAGCGCGCCGGGCGCGGCGGACGCGGGGGAGAGCGCGCUGGAGGAGGCGGUGGCGCUGUGGGUGGUGGCGGAGGAGGAGGGUGCGGGGCGCGCUGUGAGCCGCGCGCAGCUGGUGGGCAAGGCGAGGGAGCUGGCACGGGGGUGUGGCGUGGAGGAGGGGCGGUGCACCGAGGCUUGGACGGUGGAGAGGCAAGGGGAGGCAGACCUGGGGCGAGCAGGGGAUGGUGGCGGUGGGAGAGGGGAGGGCGCAGUGGGUGGCGCGGGGCAGUCCCCAUCCCCGUCCCCCUGGCAUGAUGAUGCAUGGCGGUCCGUGGCCCCCCUGCCCGCCAUGGACAGCCCUGAGCUGCAGGCGCUGCAGAGGGAGGUGAGCAACGAGAGCAACGAGAGUAACGAGAGUGUUGUGCUGCCCCACUUCCACUUCCUCCGCGUGCCCCCUGCUCUGGGCAGUGGUGUUUGCGGGGUGAUGGAGGAGCACAUGAGGCGCCUCUUCGGCGCACUGGACCCGGGAGGGCCAUCCGCACGGGUGGGUGGGAGCCUGCUGGGGAAGCACGGGGUGCCGUUCAUUCUCACGCGCCCCAUGCUGCGCCAGGCAGCGCGCCGCAUCGCCCCGCUGCUGUACCGCAGCGGCAGGGGCUGCCCGCGCUUUGAGCUCAACUGGUGCCGCCGCUUCGUGUGCCGCCUCGAGGCUCUUCGGUCGCUGGCCCGCCUGAAGCUCAGUUAUGGUGCUGGUGCUGGUGCUGGUGCUGGUGCUGGUGCUGGUGCUGGUGCUGGUGCUGGUGCUACAGAUGGUGAUAUGAAACGUGUGGAGCAGAUGAAACGUGUGGAGCUGAUGAAACGUGUGGAGCAGAUGAAACGUGUGGAGCAGAUGAAACGUGUGGAGCAGAUGGAACGUGUGGAGCAGAUGAAACGUGUGGAGAAGAUGAAACCCGUGGAGCAGAUGAAACCCGUGGAGCAGAUGGAACCCGUGGAGCAGAUGAAACCCGUGGAGCAGAUGAAACCCGUGGAGCAGAUGAAACCCGUGGAGCAGAGGGGGAGAGAGGGCGCAACGGCUGGCGAGGUGCUGUUUGAAGAGGAGGCGGUGAAGCAGAGGGAGGGUGGGGAGGUGCUGUCUGAAGAGGCGGUGAAGCAGAGGGAGGGUGGGGAGGUGCUGUCUGAAGAGGAGGAGGUGAAGCAGAGGGAGGCUGGCGAGGCGACGUGGGGCGUGGCGGUGGGCGAGCAGCACCUCGCCCUGCUGUGGCAGCAGCGGGAUGAGUUGCUGGGGGACGGGUGGGAGGGAAGGAUCAGAGCACGGCUGGCAGGUGCCGUGCAGCAGAGGGAGGGUGGGGAGGGGAGGGUGGAGGCGGGUGGGGAGAAGGGGGAGGUGAAGGCUGGGGAUGAUGGUAAGGGGCAGGUGGGGCAGGAGAAGGGGCAGGUGGGGCAGGAGAAAGGGCAGGUGGGGCAGGAGAAGGGGCAGGUGGGGCAGGAAAAAGGCGUCCAUGGUGACCCCAGCGUGCAUGGUGACCCCAGCGCGGUGCUGCUGCAGUGGGUGGCGUGGCGGGACGUGCGUGCGCUGCUGCAGGCACUGGACGGGCCGAAGUGGCACGGCAGGCUGCUGGCACGCACAGCAUGCAAGGUGGAUGGGGGGGCUGUAUGCAGGAGCCGGCAGGACCACUGCACCGUGCAUGCAGUGGUGCAAGGUGCAUCUAGGACGGGCGGGGACGGGCGGGGUCAGCGCACGGUACAUGUGGCGGCGGAAGGUGGAUGCGGGGACGGGAAGGGCGAGCGGACGGUACAUGCAGUGGCGGAGGUUGGACGCAGGGACGGGCAGGGUCAGCGCACGGUACAUGCGGUGCCACAAGGUGCAUGCAGGGACUGGCUGGACCAGCGCAUGGUGCAUGCGGUGGCGCAAGGCGUUGCAGCAGAUCCAGCAUCUCGGGCAGCUGCUCGCAGCACAGGGGGGCUCUCAGCCCAGUCUCGCACAGCCCAGUCCCGCACAGCCCUGUUACCCGGGGUCCUAUCCACCCACCUCGUACCAACCCACCUCAUAUCGGCCCACCUCUUAUCGGCCCACUUCUAA